AUGCCUGCUCUCAAACCACCUCCGCCAAAGCCUCGUGCCGGUCAGCACAGAAGAGCCAUCCCGCGUGGUCGUAUCGAAGGCCUAGGUAGUCCGGCCCCAGUAUCAAUCCGUGCAACCACGCCUUCCUUUCGCCGUGCAUCAACACCCAGCAUACAACGCCCGGCCGGGGGAAAGGUUCUGAAAUGUACCAACCCGAGUUGCCCGAAUCCUCACAUCGUUGAGAGCGAGCAAGGUCUUAUUUGUGACACUUGCGGUGCUGUCGCUUUGGCGGAAUCUGGCCUUGUCAGCGAACAAGGCUUCGGAGAGACAGAUUCUGGAGCAAUCACCGCUUUGGGUGUUCGUGUCAAUGAAAACCAGACCCAUCAGCGCACCUACGCCCCGGGUGGUGCUCUGGGAAAUGCCGGUCGCGAACCCACUAUCAAUCGAGAACGAUCAGAACAACAAGCCAGAACGAUCAUGCAGUCUUUCCAAACUCUGCUGGGAGUACGACAGGCCGAGGUGGAUGCAGGUCUACAACUGUUCAAACUUGCUUGGGGUUACUCUUUCGUCCAAGGUAGAACCAUCGAUAGUGUCGCAGUGGUCUGCCUCUACCUUGCCUGUCGACGCAAACACGAACAGAUACAGAACGAGCGCCGUCCGAUGUACAGUCUGAUGCUGAUCGACUUUGCGGAGAAAAUCAACAUCGACGUCUUCUACCUCGGCAAAAUGUACUCAGACCUUGUUCGCAAGUUGUACCUUCAAACAGAUGGCACUAUCAAAGGAGACGUGUCGUCUGACCUGCUGGCCAUGGGCCCAGAAGUGCUUGUCAGUCGAUUUGUAGACGAGCUUGAAUUCGACAAGUCUCAUCGUGACAAAAUCAAGAUGGAUGCCAUCAGAAUUGUUCAACGAAUGAAGCGUGACUGGAUGUCUACGGGUCGAAGACCUUCGGGCGUAUGCGGUGCUGCAGUCAUUCUCGCAGCUCGAAUGAACAACUAUCGACGAACCACAAGAGAGGUGGUCUUGACCGCGAAGGUCACAGAGAUCACCAUCAACAAACGUCUUGAAGAAUUCCAGGAUACGGCCAGCAGUAAGCUUUCGGUGUCCCAGUUCAGGGAUAACACGGUACUCGAUGCCCAAGUUGCCUCAGACCCUCCUGCCUAUCAAAGAGCCCACAAUCCCAAACCCCCAAAGAAGAAGCGCGGUCGACCCAGAAAACACCCUUUACCACCAGCAACCCCUGAGCCGGAGACUGGUGUUUCUGUUGAGGCUGAGACUGGUGAUGGAGAGCCACCUUCCAAACGUGCCAGGGUGGACGCAGAUGGAUACAAGAUUCCCGAUAUUCCUCAGCGACCAACACCAAUCGACCCUGCUCUGACCGGGACUGAUGCCUCUGCUCUUCACGCUGACCCUUCAUCUGAGGAAGCUACUUCGCAAUCCUCAGAAAUACCCCGCCGAAAACGGACGUUUGUGGUGCCUCCGCCUUCGGAAGCCGAGCUCGCCAUUGAGAGCGAGAUUGAGCAAGACAUACAAACCGCCUUUCAGGAGAAUCCUGAACUCGAUCCAAAUCGAAGUCAAAAUAACGACACACAGCCUUCAGGCCCCAGCCGCCAACCUGCUACUAUCUUACCAGAUGAUGAUGGUGAUCCUUUAAAUCCUCUUGGUCCGCAUCGCAAAGACAAAACGCCGGGUCCUCGCGUCGACUCCAACGCCGGUAACACAGGUUGCGUGUCACUAUCCCCAACCAUCCGAGCCGAGGAAUUCGACGGGGACGAAGACGUGUCAAUGUGUCUUCUCAGUGAGGAAGAAAGCAAAAUCAAAGAGACCAUCUGGCUUCACAUGAACGCGGACUGGAUACGAAAGAACCAUUACAAGGUGAUCAAGCAGGAGCUGAAGGAUAGGGAAUUGCGUGCACGUGGUCUCGAUCCUGCCAAGGAAGCGCUAAAAGAGAAACUGGCCAAAGGUAGACGCAAGGAUGGUACCAAGAAGCCCGGUCGCCGAGGCGAUGUGAGCUACUUGGACGAACAGGCCAAAGGGGAACCAGGGGGUGGAGAUCGUGACAAACGUGAUGCUGCCGAAUCUGUUCGGAAGAUGUUCACAACUCGAGGCGUCUACUCGAGGCGAGUCAACUACGAUGUGCUUGACUCCAUAUAUGGUAUCCCUGAAGGAGGAGAUGCCGACAGCGAUUCGAGAAGUGCUAGUCGAAGCCAGAGCGUGGCUAGCGAUAUGCCCCAAGACGCAAGGGAAGGGAGUAUUGCGAGCGUUGCGAGCGUUGCAGCAAGAGCAAGCCUCGGACCUGAAGGAAUCUUCCGCGGCAACAGCGGUCGAGCAGGCAGGGACAGGAGUAAGACUUCGUUGGCCGCAGAACGGCGGGAAAGAAAGAAGCGAGAACAAAGCAGCAGCCAAGUGCGAGAGCUGCGUGAAGGAAGUACCGCUUCGGAUCGGAGAAGCAGAAGCAUUCGAAGCCCGAGUGGUACACCUGGCGUCGAAAUACGCGAAACUGUCAAAAGAAAGCGGGAGACAAGUGGACCAAGUCCUGAACCUGGAUCGGCUACCGUGGUUGAUGAGCAGAGCAAUGCUGAGUCUGGACUGUCGAAACCGCAGGAUCAGGGGGGACCUCUGUCACCACCAGCGACGCAGCAUCAAGGGCCGCCUCCAAUUCGUAUUUCAGGUGCCAUACCGACGGUUGCGUCGUCUUCGCAAGGUCCUCAACAACAGCGAACUCCUCCGGCCACGCAGAGUGAGGGCACUCCGCCCAGUCAUAUGACUACAAGCGGCGGUAUCCCGACCGUCACCUCCUCAAGUGAAAUUCCCUCGGUGGCAUCCACGCAGAGCCAAGCACUACCACCCAGCAUUCGCGUCACGUCUGACAUCCCCGUAGUGAGACCAUCUUCUAAAUCUAAACAGCAGCCUCAAGCGACGUCAGCAGCCUCUCCUACAACACAAGCUCAAACAGAGACAGAUACUAAAGCGGCAAUUGUCAAGGCUAGCUCUUCUAGUUCUGAUCGUGACACAGACAAAGCAGACGAUCAGGAUGGCAAUGAGGAUGAGGAUGAUGACGAUGACGAGGACGAGGAGGAAGAGGAAGAAGAAGAAGAUGAUGAUGAUGAGGAUGAGGAUGACGACGACGACGAAGAUGAGCAAGAUGGUGAUGAAGAUGACUACGUCCGGGAACUAGAUGACGGUGAUAUCGACGCCGCGUUUGAGGGCCGGUUCGGCGACGAUGAAGAUUACUAG